UUUAUCGUCGACCAUUGGACGUUGUCGAGUUCAUGUCGACAUCAUCAGUAUUAUUGACACCUAGGUCCUGCUGUGUUGGAACAUUGAAUACAACAUUGCAAGUUGACUACGCCGCCAUGGCUGCAGGAUUGUACACCAAGAAACAUGGCAGUAUCGACUCGGCCGCUCAGUGCCGAUCGUCCAUCGUCCGUUGGCGGACCGAAAACCAACAGCAGCAGCAGCAGCAGCAGCAGCUGAAUAACCACAACAACAAGUACCACCGGUCCAGCCUGCCGGCCGAGCUCAGGACAAUGGAACUCAACAGGCUGGGCUGUGUGUACGACACACAAUUUCCGGCAUCGCAGAACUUCCACCAAGAAGGUCUAAAACCAACAGCAGCAGCAGCAGCAGCUUAUCCCAGAAAGUCUGUGUGCUUCGACAAAAACGAUCAGACAUCAAUUCCAGAUCUAAAAUACUCUUGGUGGUACGUGCUGUGCUUGCAAUGUCGGAAAAAAGAAGUCGGAGCUGGCUGGGAACCCAAGUACUGGUCCAGAGGAUGCCCAUACCCGUUCUGUCCGUCGUACCGGCACGUGGCCCGGGUGCUGUCGUUGCUCAUUACCGGAUUGCUUCUUUGGGGCAUCGUGUACACACUGAUAGGCGCCGAGGCUAAACCCGGCGGACAGCUGUUCAACAUCGCAAUACUGGUAAUAACGGCGUACAUCGGUGGCUGGGUGUUCCGCAUGCUCACCCUGCCGGCGUUAAUAGGCAUGCUGUUGGUGGGCAUGAUUUUUCAAAAUUUCGGACUCAUACACAUUCAAGGCUCGUAUUCGACGCUCGUGUCCACUUUGAGAAAAAUCGCACUGGUGGUGAUCUUGACGAGAGCCGGGUUGGAUUUGGACUCGAAGGUGCUGAAGAAGCUGUACUUCAGGGUGCUGAUACUGGCGUUGAUCCCUUGGAUCGUCGAAGCGGCCGUGAUCGCUCUGGCCACUUACUAUUUUCUAGAUCUACCUUGGCAAUGGGCCGCGCUCUGCGGGUCGAUCAUCGCGGCCGUCGCUCCGGCCGUCGUCGUGCCGUGUCUGUUCCGUCUGAGAACAAAAGGAUACGGCGUGGCCAAAGGUAUUCCCACGCUUAUCAUAGCUGUUGCCGGCAUAGACGACGCCGCCUCGGUGGUGGCUUUCGGCGUGGCAAGCAGCAUGAUCAUGGGGACAAAUUCAGUGGCGUACAACUUACUGGUUAGUCCGAUAUCGAUAGUGAUCGGCAUAGUUUACGGCGUGUUGUGGGGUUUUAUCGUCAAAUACAUACCAGAACGCAGUGACCCAUAUGUCGUGCCCUUGAGGAUACUGAUGCUCAGCGGUGGUGGAAUACUGGCGGUACUCGGGUGUGAAGACACCAGCUUUGAAGGCGCCGGGCCCUUGGCCGUGAUCAGCGCCGCAUUUACUUCCAUUUACUUCUGGACCAAGCAAGGUUGGAACAUUGAAGACAACGCGGUGGCCACGGCCUUUGAAAUAUUUUGGAUGAUAUUCGAGCCGGUGUUGUUCGGACUGACCGGCACGCAAAUCGUUCUCAACGACCUCGACUAUAGUAUCGUGUCGAUUGGAGCUGCUUGCGUGGCCGUCGCUUUUGUGGUGAGAAUUUGCGUGACCAUAUUGGCGGCUACUGGCAGCUCGUUGAACUUUAAAGAAAAACUGUUUGUUGCCCUGUCGUGGAUGGCCAAAGCUUCCGUACAGGCCGCCUUGGGGCCAGCCGUCUUGGAGGCAGCACGGCAAGAUGGCAAACCCCAAAACGUGGUCUACGCCCGAACCAUCGUGAUGGUGUGCAUAAUAUCCAUCUUGUUGACUGCUCCCACGGGGGCGCUCAUCAUAUCGCUGACCGGCUCGCGGUUGCUGACCAAAGCCAAACACGCGGCGCCCAACGGCGAUCAAUGGCGACCCGGGCCAAGACGGUCGAUCCGAGACAUAACAAUAGUCGACGACGAAGACGAAGACGACGACGACGACAACGACGACAAGGGCAAGGACACGGCGGCAGAAGUCGACCCGCCGGAAGCCGAAAAAGCGGUACCGGAAGUACCGGAAUCGCUGGUCGAGAAGGUGUAAACACACACACACACACACUCCACCACAAAUCAUACAGGGUGAUUGUUUUCACGUUUAAUUCAAAAUAUUUUCAAAAUAAAAACCUAUUCAUAGACAAGCCUGCCGCCGCAGUUGUUUAAACGCGUAACCGUUGUACCGCGUUGUAAUUAUUUUAUAAUGUACAAAUUUCCAUGUAUAGCUGUCAUGUUUUUUUUUUAAAUAGCAUUAAUCGUUUACCAUGGACAUUAAAGUGAUGAAACAUUUAUUAACUAACGACUCCCAAACGAGUAACGGAUUGGUGGUGUUCGUGCAACGGUAACGAUAUUGUUUUAGCUUUGUCGAGGAGCUGAAA